AGCAUAAAUAAAGCACUAAAUCAUAAAUUAUAUAAAACCUGUUUAUUACCACAGAGAACAGAAAAACCACUGUAAUGGCUUUUGCUCUGAAAUCAGCACCAGGCUCGCUCCAGUUAAAGAACCACAAUACCCAUCUUCUAUCUCGGCUUCCUUCAGGCAAAGCCUUAGUUUCAACCAAGAGAUUCACUCCAAUGGCUACUCUAACCACUGCUCCAACUCUUGGCCUUUCUGACACUUUCUCUAAAUUGAAAAAGGAAGGCAAAGUUGCAUUCAUUCCAUACAUCACAGCUGGUGAUCCUGAUCUUUCAACAACAGCCGAGGCACUUAAGGUGCUUGACUCAUGUGGCUCAGACAUUAUUGAACUGGGUGUACCAUAUUCUGAUCCGCUAGCUGAUGGUCCUGUAAUCCAGGCCGCGGCCACACGUUCUUUGGCAAGAGGAACCAACUUCAAUGCUAUUCUUUCAAUGUUGAAUGAGGUGGUUCCACAGUUAUCUUGUCCAAUUGCUUUAUUUACGUAUUACAACCCAAUUCUCAAGCGUGGGGUUGAGAAGUUUAUGUCGACUGUGAAGGAUGUAGGCAUACAUGGGCUGGUGGUUCCAGAUGUUCCUCUAGAGGAGACUGAAAUUUUGAGAAGAGAAGCUCUCAUAAACAAGAUCGAAUUGGUACUGCUUACAACACCAACUACGCCAACAAGUCGAAUGAAAGCUAUUGUUGAAGCAUCAGAAGGAUUUGUAUAUCUUGUGAGCUCGACAGGAGUUACUGGUGCCCGUGCAUCUGUAAGCGAUCGGGUCGAGAAUCUUCUAAGAGAAAUUAAAGAGGCAACAACCAAGCCUGUUGCAGUCGGCUUUGGUAUAUCAAAGCCUGAGCAUGUGAAGCAGAUAGCUGGAUGGGGAGCCGAUGGUGUGAUUGUUGGCAGUGCCAUGGUAAAGCUGCUGGGUGAAGCAAAGUCUCCCGAGGAAGGAUUGAAGGAGCUUGAAAAUUUUACCAAAUCCUUGAAAUCUGCACUUCCUUGACGAAUUUAAUGGAAUUAAAGCUGACUUGAAACUUUUUUCUCAAUAGUGGUUUUGAUUGAAAUAAUGUUGAAUAUUUGUUUUGCACUAUCAUCUAUGAUUGCGUUUUUUAAUUUUUAUCUUUUUGAAUUCACAUCAUUGGGUAAUCUACCUAUGUUGUGGGAAUACAAGGUAUCAAUCUCUGAUGGGAAAUUUCUGAAUCGGUUCAUCUUAAUUGGAGCUGAUGCACCUGUUUGAAGGCCGGUGAAACCAUCUCAGCUUGGCUAAUCAAUGCAAAUACCAUUCACAAAUGAGAAUAAUCU